UAACGGCAAAUCUUCUUCAUCUCCUCUUCCUUCUCCUCUCGCUUUGCUCUGUACAUUUCGAGUCAUCGCCCACCUCGUCUGCUCUUUUUAUGCAUUAAACAAAAAGUCUCCCAAAAACCCAAUGCACCCUCUUCAGGCUCGAAGAAUAAAGCAGUGAAAAGCGACCCGCUUGAUGUAUCCUCUUGCCCAAUCGCCUCGCCUUGCGUCUCCCCCUCUCUCUCUCCCUCCUCCCAUCGCAUUUCGGCGGAAAGUUGUUCCUUCUCGUCCAAGAGGUUUCUGAGGAGUGGACUUGAUGGAUAACGCUGCCUGGAGGCCGAUGCUGCUGCCGCCGGGUGGCGGGGGAGGAGGCGGGGGCGCUGGAGGUGCGCUUGAUGGGGGCGACUGGAGGGCUCAUCUGCCACCCAACUCACGGGAGAGGACCGUCAACAAGAUAAUGGAGACUUUGAAGAGACAUAUUCCUGUUUCCGGUCCAGAGGAUUUGCGCGAAAUCAAUAGAUUUGCCCUGAAGUUCGAGGGAAAUUUUUACGCUUCUGCCACAAGCCAGUCUUAUUAUUUAAGGGAGAUAUCUUCGAAGAUGUUGAAAAUGUGGAUAGAGUCUCAGAGUACCUUACCUAAUGCGCCAUCUAACUCUGUGGGGAAUAGCAGUGAGGACUUGGGAUCAAUUCAAGUACAUGAACUUCACAGAGAUUUUUAUUUAGUACUUCCCGAAAAGAAAAUGACAGGCAAACGUGCUCGGUUACCUCCUUCCAAUCAAGAUGAAAGGCAAAACUCAGUGGAUUACAUCAGCCAAUUGCCUGAUGCCAUAAUCCUUCAUAUCUUCUCCUUCAUGACCACAAAAGAUGCCAUCAAAACCAGCGUCUUGUCCAAGCGAUGGCGUUCCACUUGGACCUCUAAUCAGUAUAUGAAUUUCUCUUUGCCCGUUCACAGUAGCCUGAAAUUCAAGAGCUUCAUCACUUUUGUUGACUCGGUGCUGUUACGCUGCACUGCAAUUAAGGCAAAAAGAUUCCUCUUUGAUGCUCCUUGUUACGCCUUGAUACAAUCAAGUCUUGAUAGGUGGCUCCAGUUUGCCAUCGAGCACGGCGUCGAAGAGGUAUCAGUAAACCUGCGUUACUGGCGCUACAAAGAUUUUCUGUUGCCGCGAAUCUUGUUCUGCUGCACCACGCUGGUGCAUUUGCGUGUGUCCAAAUGCUGUUUUUGGGUGUUCAGCACUGUGAAUUGGUGUUUUCUGAAGACAUUGCGCAUUGAUUAUGCAAAGUUGAACGAUGAUGGGAUGAUGAGAGUUUUGAGUGGCAGCCCUGUUCUGGAGUUCCUUGAGUUGAAAAGUUGCGAGGGUGUCAAGCACAUCAUGGUUGAAUCAAAAAGUUUUAGAGAGUUGGUGAUUGAUUCUCAUAAGUUUUGUGGUCAAGUUUCGAUGUUGAAAAUUUCGGCCCCACAUCUUCUCAAAUUGCGUCUAUUGGGCAAUUCUCGAGGGGGAGAGUUUAGACUAGAUGAAGUAUCUUCCUUGAUUGAGGCUGAGUUAAAUUUCAACAUGGAAAUUUGUGCACUCGAUAAGGUUAAGGCUCAUGCGGAUCUUGUCAAGGGGCUUCUCAAGAGGCUGCAUCAUGUCACGAAAUUAGUGAUGGGAAGCUGGUGCCUUCAGGCGCUGUCGCUAAUGGAGGCGAGAGAUAUGUUUCUUCCAUCCUUAAAAUGUCGGCAUCUGAUAUUACUCGGCGCAGCAGGCCAUGAGGGAGUUCCCGAGGCUAUAGCGAAAAUAUUCGAAAGUACGCAGCUCUUGGAGAAGUUAUUCUUACAAACGACUUGCACACCCAAUUCUGCGAUUGAGUUGAAUGCGGACAGUGUAGGCCGUCGCGUCUUUGCUGGAGAAGAAUUUUGGAAUUUUGUAAAGUGGAGGAUCUAUCAGUGUUUGAUGCAUCUCAGGCAUGUUGAGAUUGUUGAUCGCGGUGCCAAUCUGCUGGCAUGGGAACCUGUUCUUUCCCUGCUCAAGUUUCUCCUCCAGAAUGCACUUUGGCUGGACAAAAUAGUGAUCAACAGUACCAAUUCCAAAUCAUCCCAAGCAUUUGAACCGUCACCGCGGCUUGAAGUGGCCCGGAUUCUUCUGUCGCACCCAAAGUGUUCUCCAAGGGCCAAGGUCAUUCUUAGAUAUCCUUUCCAAGGAUGUCCGUCUGUGUAAAUCCUGAUCAUUUCGUCAACACCGGUGACUUCUUUUUCUCCGUUUUGUACCCCUGAAUUUUAGCUUAACAUUUUCAGGAGAUGCAAUUGAAUGUACCUGUCGCAAAUUAACCGAUUCGUUCUGACGUGUCA